CUUCUUAUGUGAACUCAUUAAGUGACUGAGGUUUUUUGUGAAUAUGCUGUUGAUUCUAAUAUAAAGUUUGUGUCAUGAAUUUUACUGAACCGACACUGAUAAAGGAAAAAAAAGCUAUUUUCAUGUGCAAUUAUUUAAUGGAUUAUCACGUGUAAGCAUUUUAAAGAAAACGCCAAUUUGAAAACAACGAUAUAAAAAUCGGAUAAGAAUAUUUUACGAAUCCAAAAAAACAUUUGCUUAUAAAAAACAUAAGUAGUUUUCCUAAAAAGCAUGGAUUACUCGUAUUUAAAUCAAGCUGCAGCAGCUGCGGUCGCUGGUUUCGAAGCAUCUAGUUGUGCUUUAGCCGGUGAUAUGCAAUGUAAUUAUAGCGAUCUCAGCCCGUGUGCACCAAUGAGUCAAGCCGCGUACCGCUAUACGGCAGUAAGAGCAGCUGGCUAUCCGGGGAAUUCUGGGGCAACGGGAAUAAGUAAUGGGUCUUCGCUCUCGGCUCAUCACACCAUCCACUCGCAUCAUACGACUCAUACGACACCCUGCUCAGUUAUGGCUGCUAGGACUCAAGAUGCUCAUCGACAUGCUGCUUCUAUCUUCAAUCAGUCUAUAAAUCUUCAAGGGGGUCUCGGAUACAAACCGUAUCCUGGUCACGAAGGCUUAGCUGAGAAAAGAAAACAACGGCGGAUACGAACGACAUUUACCUCAGCACAACUCAAAGAGCUAGAACGAGCUUUUCAAGAAACUCAUUAUCCUGAUAUAUAUACGAGAGAAGAGAUAGCUAUGAAAAUCGAUCUGACCGAAGCGCGAGUACAGGUAUGGUUUCAAAAUCGACGGGCAAAGUUCCGAAAACAGGAACGGUUGGCACAACAAAAGUCAAAUGGAUCGAAUUCCACGGUGAAUAGAGAUAGUGGUAAUUCGAGUCCAGUGUCUGGUUGUAUAAAAACAGAAGGUCGUUCCUCUAGAAGCCCAUCAACACCACCAGGUACUUCCAACAUUCAUCUUUCGACUGCAGAAGUUAAGCCAAUUACCAACCAUAGUUUGAUAAGUCUUAAGAAUAACAGCGACGGCAAUAGUACUCCACCAAAUGGACGUACUAGUAGCCACAGUGGACCGAGCAUCAGCGCUGGAAGUGCUCAUUGGGAGUCUUGUAGUUCACGACCGUUUUCGAGUAGCCUUCCACCUUAUCUUAUAGAUCCUUUAUCUCUCAAAACAACAAAUCUCUAUUAAUACUUAGAAAACUUUGUUUUCAAACUCACCAACUUGAAUGUGACAAAAAUAAUAUCAUUUGUUAAUGUUUUAUGUAAAUAGGUAUUUUAAAAUACAUCAAUACGUGAAUUAAGUUGGUGUUUCUAUAAAUGACAUUAGAAAUAAUCAGUUUUCAUUCAUGG